ACAAUCAGUGUUGUUUUUUGCAAUUCGUGUGUGUUGCCAUCUGGUUUCACGCCAUUCGCUCAUUUUAAUGGCACCGUAAGUAAUAAUGUUUUGUUGCUGCAUUUUGAUUGUCUCGUGACACCGUUAUUAAUCUAAUAUUUCAUGUUUCUUAUCGUGCUCAGAUACGGGAAACGAAAUAGCAGCUAAAUGUCGACCCCAAGUGGUCAAAUAGAAUACGAGAAGUUAGCGAUUUGAUCGCUUUAGUGCAGUAAAAAAAGGGAAUGAUAAACUCCCAAUUGGGCGGUGAACAUAAAUAAUAAACAUUUGGACACCAAUUUAGUGAUUAAUUCACCCAAAAAACAUAACUGGCUAAAUUACAUUUUUCUGACGAAUGUCGUACGUCAGUACUAAUCCUCGACGUCAUGAGCGUGCUUCUCGUCUUCGUUUAGAAGGAUUUAAGUAACUACACCAGUAAACUCUCAUUCCCGUUGUUUCAUUCCAAGUGUCUUUUGACGAAUAGAAAAAUAAUUUCACUGGACGAGACCGGAAAUUAAAUUAUCGAUUUCAAGUCAGUACUGUGACGCAGUAUGCUAUCUCGCGAAGAUGAAUGGUGCGCUGCGUCAUUUGUCUAUUUAAAUUAAAAUAUUUUUUAUUGUAUCGUCCUUUAUAAAUAAAUACAGUUAAAAAGCUUCAGUAUAUUUACUGUACAGUAUUUAUUUGUCAGGCUAGUUAAUUCUCAACGCCAACAGUAUGUCGAAAAGAAGUGUUCUUCUUAGGCGUCACCCGAUUGGCCGGCGCGUGGGAGGAAUAUGAAAGCUCCACUGCGAUUGGCCUAAUAGGUCAUGGCUCAUUUUUUUUUUCUCGCGAUUGUUUCCCGUGUGAGUUAAUGGCUCCUCCUGCUACAGACGGAGACGGAGCUGGCUUGAGCGGCGUUACGGGGGAAGCAGGAACGCGGCGGAGAAAAACGGACAGUUGCACCCCAACUACUUGUGGUUUCUCUGUCGCAGUUGUCUCGCUGUAACCCGAGAGAGGCCGCCCGGGCUCUAGUACGGAGCUGAGGGUUAAAUUUAGACGCGUCUCGGCUCGAGGACAGCUCCGUGUUUUUAACCAGCGACCAACUCCCCAGAUGAACUCCGUCAGAGCCACCAACCGGAGACCCAGGCGAGUGUCGAGGCCGCGCCCGGUGCAGCCCGAGCGGAACAACGGGGACAGAGAUGAGGAGGCUCCCGCAGCAGCUGCCGCAGAGAUGGCGAUUGAGGAGUCUGGUCCAGGAGCUCAGAACAGUCCUUACCAACUCAGACGCAAGACGCUGCUCCCCAAGAGGAGCGCCACAACCCCCGCCGCUGCCUCCGCCUGUCCCAGCAAGGGCCUGAUGGAGGGAGCGUCCACGUCCUCUACAGAGGCCUUCGGCCAUCGGGCCAAGCGAGCGCGAGUAUCCGGUAAGAGCCACGACUUACCAGCUGCACCAGCAGAACAAUAUCUGCAGCAGAAGCUCCCCGACGAGGUGGUCCUGAAGAUCUUCUCCUACUUGCUGGAGCAGGAUCUCUGUAGGGCGGCGUGCGUUUGCAAGCGCUUCAGCCAGCUCGCCAACGACCCCAUACUAUGGAAGCGUCUGUACAUGGAGGUUUUUGAAUACACGCGUCCCAUGAUGCACCCAGAGCCAGGACGCUUCUACCAGGUCAACCCUGAGGAGCACGAACACCCCAACCCCUGGAAGGAGAGCUUUCAACAGCUGUACAAAGGUGCCCACGUCAAGCCGGGCUUUGCCGAGCACUUCUACAGCAACCCGAGCAGGUACAAGGGCAGGGAGAACAUGCUGUACUACGACACCAUUGAGGAUGCGCUGGGCGGCGUGCAGGAGGCCCACUUUGAAGGGCUCAUUUUUGUGCACUCGGGCAUCUACACGGAUGAGUGGAUCUACAUCGAGUCUCCCAUUACCAUGAUUGGCGCUGCGCCCGGGAAAGUGGCGGACAAGGUUGUGAUCGAGAACACCAGAGAUUCGACGUUCGUCUUCAUGGAGGGCUCGGAGGACGCAUACGUCGGCUACAUGACCAUAAAGUUCAACCCUGACGACAAGUCGGCGCAGCACCACAACGCGCACCACUGUCUGGAGAUCACCGUCAACUGCAGUCCCAACAUCGACCACUGCAUCAUACGCUCAACGUGCACGGUGGGUUCCGCCGUGUGCGUGAGCGGCCAGGGAGCGUGCCCGACCAUCAAGCACUGUAACAUCAGCGACUGUGAAAACGUGGGCCUCUACAUCACGGAUCACGCGCAGGGCAUUUACGAAGACAACGAGAUUAGCAACAACGCACUGGCGGGCAUUUGGGUAAAGAACCACGGGAACCCCAUCAUCCGACGCAACCACAUCCACCACGGGAGAGACGUCGGCGUGUUCACGUUCGAUCACGGCAUGGGCUACUUUGAGAACUGCAACAUCCACCGGAACCGCAUCGCUGGCUUCGAAGUGAAGGCGUACGCCAACCCCACGGUGGUGCGCUGCGAGAUCCACCACGGCCAGACGGGCGGCAUCUACGUGCACGAGAAGGGGCGGGGACAGUUUAUUGAGAACAAGAUCUAUGCCAACAACUUUGCCGGUGUGUGGAUCACGUCCAACAGUGACCCCACGAUACGAGGCAACGCCAUCUUCAACGGCAACCAGGGAGGCGUGUACAUAUUCGGCGAUGGGCGGGGUUUAAUCGAGAGCAACGACAUCUACGGCAACGCCCUGGCAGGAAUCCAGAUCCGGACCAACAGCUGCCCCAUCGUGCGCCACAACAAGAUCCACGACGGCCAGCACGGCGGCAUCUAUGUGCACGAAAAAGGCCAAGGAGUGAUCGAGGAGAAUGAAGUGUACAGCAACACGCUGGCCGGCGUCUGGGUGACCACGGGGAGCACGCCCGUCCUGCGCAAGAACCGCAUCCAUAGUGGCAAACAGGUGGGCGUGUAUUUCUACGACAAUGGCCACGGCGUGCUGGAGGACAACGACAUCUACAAUCACAUGUACUCCGGCGUACAAAUACGGACGGGCAGCAACCCGAAGAUCCGGCGCAAUAAGAUCUGGGGUGGACAAAAUGGCGGCAUUUUGGUCUACAACUCAGGUCUGGGCUUCAUCGAGGACAACGAAAUCUUCGACAAUGCCAUGGCGGGCGUGUGGAUCAAGACGGACAGCAACCCCACACUGAGGCGCAACAAGAUUCACGACGGCAGAGACGGCGGCAUUUGCAUCUUCAACGGAGGCAGAGGCCUGCUGGAGGAGAACGACAUCUUCCGCAACGCUCAGGCGGGCGUGCUGAUCAGCACCAACAGUCACCCCAUCCUGCGCAAGAACCGCAUAUUUGACGGCUUCGCCGCAGGUAUUGAGAUCACCAACCACGCCACCGCCACCCUGGAGGGAAACCAGAUCUUCAACAACCGCUUCGGGGGACUUUUUCUGGCGUCGGGCGUCAACGUCACCAUGAAAGACAACAAGAUCAACAACAACCAGGACGCCAUCGAGAAAGCGGUGAGUCGAGGACAGUGCCUGUACAAGAUCUCCAGCUACACCAGCUACCCCAUGCACGACUUCUACAGGUGUCACACUUGCAACACGACGGACAGGAACGCCAUCUGCGUCAACUGCAUCAAGAAAUGCCACCAAGGACACGACGUGGAGUUUAUACGCCACGAUCGGUUUUUCUGCGACUGCGGCGCGGGCACGUUGUCCAACCCGUGCACGCUGGCGGGCGAGCCCACGCACGACACGGACACUCUGUACGACUCUGCGCCGCCUAUCGAGUCCAAUACCCUGCAACAUAAUUGAACAACGCGACGAACUGGACUGGCGGAACGAUAUCGCGCACACAAGCAUCAAUGCGUCGCACACACAAACACGCAGAAGCCCACCUCCAAAGAGACGCUGAGAUGUGCGGCGCAGAAGGUGAGGACAUGCAGGCAAAGCUCCACAAGGGGGGGGGGCUGAGGAAACACUUGAGAUUCCUCGCACCUGUGAGUAUGCUUUGGUGUGGGGGGGAGGGAAGCACUUCUGCUAUUUUUAAGAAGAAAAAAAAAACAUUCUGAUCAAUGGGUUUUAUUUCAAUGCUUCAUCAUGUAGUUUUGUAUUUUAAAGCAAAAAGCUGACUGUAUUUGAAUGUCGUUUAUUUUAUUAUAUAUUAUAAUUAUUUCUUUGGUUAGCGUCCUGUCCUGUCUCCUGUCCCAACCCACUUUUCAGCGGCUGCAGGUGAUCCCUGGUGAGCCAAUGCUCAAGUUCUUUCUAUGAAAGAGAAUCUGGUUUUAAACAUUAAGGAACCCUCUCUCUGUGUUUUGGCUUGAUUGGCAGGUGGGGCAACUGUGCCCACUCUUGUACAAAUUUGUGUGUGUGAACAGUUUGAUGCAGUCAGUGUUUUGUGGAGAGGGUUCGAAUGGAAUGCUCCAGAGCUUUUUUUUUUUUGUUGCUUUGCUUUAUACUGGACCACCAAGACUUGAUCUGCAGCCCGCACCCCCUGAAUUCGCACCCCCUCCUACCCCAGUGUAUCGUGGUGACUGUGGCUCCUCAUGCAGCCUGAAUCGUAUGCAUGUACCAUAACAUCUAGACUUAAUAUAUUGUGAAGUAUUCUAUAACCAUAAUGUAGAUGCUAGUUGGAAUUUAAAAAAAAGGGGGGGGUACACGUUUUUCCCAACUUUCUUUGGAAGGCAAAAAAAAGGACAUCAGGAAACUGGCCUUUUGUAAGAAAAUAAAACUAUUAGAUCUGAGAA